UGAAUGCAGCAUCCUAUAUUCUGUGUGUGUGAUACAUUAUUUGUGGCAAAAAUGGAGAUGUAUUGGAAAUCUGUGCUGGUUUUAACGGUAUUACUGAUGACAGAAGCUGAGUGUUUGUCUUCAGACCUUGAUUCCCUGCAGAGAGAGUAUGCAUGGAGAUUACAGAAUUCUCCCGAGUAUUCUACGAAUAUUGGUAUAUACAAAUUCAACGACAGACCGGGAAAUUUGGCAUCAUUGGGACUCGAAGAAAAUUUUAACAAAUGUUUAGACCUUCUAAAUCGUUUGAAGAGCAUUGAUUACAACAAACUAUCACCGAAACAACAGACAGAUUUUGAUGUGUUCAAUGAUACAUUAAUGACAGUUGUCCGAGGAUAUGACUGGCGAGAAUACAGCGUUUUGAAUCCUGUAAAUUUCCUAGAAGGUCCACAAGUUGAUCCAUCUGAUCUGCCGAAAAUAACGCCAUUCGAUACGAUAGGUGACUACAUCAGACGACUACAGCUGUUCCCAAAGCAGAUUGAUGAAAUGAUAUCAAGAUUUGAGACAGCAAUAGAAAAGAAGCACACGUAUCAUAAUGUAUCAGUGAACAGAGUUCCAGGUCAGAUAGAUGCCAUUCUUGAAGGCGUAAAUGUUACAACUUUUCCUUUGUACGAACCUUUUUUGGAUCAAUUGACAAACCAUACAACGAUACAAGAGUCCAGAAAGAAGAAGUUGCGACAGAGAGUUAAACCAGCAAUCAAGUUAAUUAUCCAAAAAUAUCGCAGUUUUAAGACAUUUCUUCAAGAUGUGUACUUUCAUAAUCUCAGAACUAAUGUUGGAGUAAGUAGCUGGGAUAAAGGGAGAGAAUUCUAUAAAGAAUGUCUAAGAUGGUACCUUUCAUUGGAUUUAUCACCUGAAGAAGUACAUAACAUAGGGUUAGGAGAAGUGGAAAGAAUUUAUAUAGAAAUGAAAAAGGUCAUGAUGAAACUUAACCACCAAGGCUCUGUGAAAGAAUUUUUUGAUAAAGUAAAAUCAGAUCCCCGGUUCUAUUUACAAAGCGGGGAUGAAGUUACUGAAUGGUACAAGAACGCAAUUCAAAAAGAAAUCAAACCAAAAUUACCAACUUUGUUUAAAAAUCUUCCAGACUUACCAUUAGUUGUGAAACCAAACCCAGUUGAUGGAAUUUUUGGACAGUAUUUUGCAGGGCCUUCAGAUGGAUCCCGACCAGGAGUGUUUCAAGUCAAUGUUCAUCAUCCUAAAAAAAUUACCAACAAUUGAUUUUAUGGCUUUGGCUCUCCAUGAAGCUAAUCCAGGUCAUCAUUUGCAGGUGACAGGAAUUGUCAAACAAGGGUUUUUUUCUUCCAUGUGUAGAUGUUUUUUGAGUCGCCUGCAUAGCAGAACGACACAUUGGGAUCAUUUGGCAUGGCGUCUGUCUAUCCGUCUUUCUCUCUGAUUCUCUGUCUUUCUAUCUGUCUGUUUGUCUCUCUGCCCGUCUCUUAUACCGUAUAUCUUGAGAACUGUAAGAGGUAAGGAUAUGAUACUUUGCUCAUGCAUUGAUUGGUACAAUAGCUUUUGCUAAAUAGCAGGGGCUACUGACCUUAUGAUCUUGAACUUGCCUUUGAGCUGCUUUUCAAAAUAGUUUGUUUAUGCCACUCACACUUAAUUCUCUGAACGGUGAAAUUAAGUCUGAUGUACACUGCUUGUUGUAAGACAUUUUGAAAAAGGAAAAUAGCAAUGUUUCUAUCCAGUUGACUUCCACAUUUGAUUACCAUCAAGAACACACCUAACUGUUAUUAAACAUAUAUCUUUUAGAUUUUGAGAGGUGGGGCAUUUAUAGCAAUCAUAUAUACUGCAUUUUUAUAACCUAAUGAAACUGUGCUUUCUAACUAAUUGAUAUAUACAUUUACCAGAUAAACUAAAAUUUAAAUGUAUUCGCUGCUUAAUCGGAUGAAAAAAAGGAGGAUCUAUAUAUUGACUCGGAUUUAUUAUUCAAGAUAAGUCGUCGACUGACAAUUGUAGUACAGAAGAAGACUCUUAAAUCUUGUUGAAUUAAACUCAUAUAAUUUAAUGAAUUAUUAUUUGAAUUAAAUAUUCAUUUUAGCUUAAAGUGUUGCGGAAUCAUAUAUCAAUUUGAUUUUCACAUUUUAUUACAAAUGCUAUUCUAAUACAGUCUUACUAACCAUA